AUGCUCCACGUGAUCAGCAAUUUGGCGACUGUCAUGCUCACCAGAUGUAACAGCAGCAUCCAGUACUUGCAAUCCCUCAAUGUGCUCCCAAAAGUGCAUUUCAUGGGCAUCCUCCUCAGCGUGUUCUUUGCCCCGGUGGCCUGUGGACAUAGGUUGCAAUGGUAA